UUUAGGCUACAGUGUCUAGUUGUUCUGUAUGCAACUCAGGGUUUCCUUUUCCGAUUUACCUAAAUACGUUUGAAUAAAUAAAGAAAUCUUUCCAGGGCUGUUGGGUGUUAAAGCAGCGUGGGUUUCCUUAAAAACGUUUGAUUACGGGUUACCCACGUUCUCCUAUACAGUCGUGGAAACUAAUAGUAUCCAACAUGACGAGAAGUCUUUUUCCUGGUUUUAUGGUAACAUAUUUUAAACUUAAAAACACAAGGAAGGGUUAGUUUAAGACUCGAGGACACCGCCGUAGAUCUUACAUUCUUUUCUGUUCCUUCUUGUAAAGGUCUGCGUUGGAGGAAUCUUUUCUAUAGGGGCUGUUUUACUCUGUUCCUCCUUUCUUUGGCUUUCGCCUCCUGCACCUUCCUCCCCGCCCAGACUCUGCUCUCUCUUGGCGACCCUGAAGCUUUUUUAUGCUAUGACAUCAAACCACAAUGCAUUGCACUGUUUGUAGUUUAUCCCGAGUCUCCAUGGCAAUAAAGACCGGCUCGGCCCCUUAUUCAAAUUAAACCGGAAACCAACGUCAUUUCGGGCCAAUCUGCGCGCUCUAGAGUGACAUAAUGGAAUUUUUAGGGAUAGAAAGCGAGCGAGAGUCUGGCGCUGCGCAUAGCAGUCGUGCCAUCGGGAAAAGACAAUUUGAGAGCCGAAGAGCCGAGGAGCUCUGCCACAACAACAGCUGGAUGGUCCACUGACAGAGUGGCGACAUUUAACACACUCACACAGACGCGCAAGCGCGAAGGAUAAGCAGGAGCGGAGUCUCAUCAGAUAAGGAUCAGCUGAUUUCCUCAUGUUUUGGAUGGAUCUGGUCCACGUUUGUUAAUGCUUAACGCUCAAAAGUCCCUGGAGUGUAGGGUGUAGAAUGGAAACAACCCUCCCAGGCACCGAGGUCAACAGUCCGAGGGUUUCCAGCGCUUAUUCUCAUAGCACGAUGAUGAAGAAGGAAAUUAAUCUGAACCUGGACGAGCAGAACUCCGAGCUUAAAUCGAACCCGCUCCGAGACGCAGACGGACUUCUCAACUCUCCAGACUUGGCACUGUUGAAACUUACCUCUCCGGACCUGGAGCGUCUCAUCAUCCAGUCCAACGGCCUGGUCUCCGCCAACACUCCCAGCAACACUACCGGUAACCCGACUUCCCAGUUCCUCUACCCGAAGUCCGCCAGCGAAGAGCAGGAGUUCGCCGAAGGGUUCGUGAAGGCUCUGGAGGAUCUUCACAAGCAGAACCAGCUGAACGACGCGGGCUGCGUCUCUGUGGACAGACUGGAGCUCCUGGCUUCUUCUUCAAACGUAGUCGGAUCCACCGGGCUCCAGACGUCAGACCUUCCGGUUUACACCACUCUCACCGGGUAUGCGGCCAGCCCGCUCGGAGGCACAACCAUUAACUACUCCACGGACACCAUCCCAUUUCCGCCGCCUCCGUCCCAUUUGGCCAGUGCGCAGCAGCAGGCGGCCGCUGCGGCAGCUCUGUCACGGCUGCAGUCCGCCGGUGUGGUCAAGGACGAACCUCAGACUGUCCCAGACAUGCAGAGCUUCGGGGAAAGUCCUCCCCUGUCUCCCAUCGACAUGGACAACCAGGAGCGCAUUAAGGCGGAGAGGAAGAAGCUGCGCAACCGGAUAGCUGCCUCCAAAUGUCGCAAACGGAAAUUGGAGAGGAUCUCCAGGCUGGAGGACAAGGUGAAGACCCUGAAGACCCAGAACACUGAGCUGGCCUCCACAGCCAGCGUCCUCAGGGAGCAAGUGGCUCAGCUAAAGCAGAAGGUGAUGAACCAUGUCAGCAGUGGAUGUCAGCUUUUACCAAACCAGGUCCAGGCUUAUUGAAUUUCUGGCUUUAUGGUGGUCUUGUAAUGUCCCGGUGAUGUGUGUGUGUGUGGAGAAACAGUGGCCAUGUGAACCUUAAACUCCUCUGUAGAGACUUGUUGCGGUGCCAACCUCAGAUACAAGGCAGUAGGAGAAGCAUCUGGAGAUGUUUUCUCAGCAAAGGUCCAGGUGAGAACUGCGGGUCAACUGAAAAAGACAGCAGCAAUGAAAGACUAGCUGUGGCCUCCUCAGAUUCAGGAAGAUGUGGCAGUGUUAUGCAGCAAAUCUAAGGUGUGGGGCUUAUUUUUAUUUUUUUUUAAACAGGUCCUCAUGUAGCAAAAUAGUGCUAUCCAUUUGAGUGACGUCGGAUGGUGUGACUUUGUGCAUUAAGCUGGACAAUUUCUCAAAAAGAGAGUGCAACCAAACACCAGGGUGUCACCCAAGGCUGGCACCUACUGACUAAUGAAACGCCUUACUUGUUUACAAGCACCUAGCAAUGACAAAUAUAUAUAUAUAUAUAUUUUUCUUUACCGAGACAUUUCUUAUUUGAUGUAUGGUCUUAUCUCUAUUUGUUUUUUCUUUCCUUUCCUUUUUUUUUUUUUUUGCCAAAAAUUGAACUCUGCAUGUCUUGUUGCUUUUGUGUACAGUUGCAAUUGUAUUUUUCAGGAUGGUGGUUGGUGCUGUUCUGGUUCUGCAGGACACCAAUGUCCAAUGAUGUAUGUCUACAUUCUGAAUAACCAUGUUUAUCUAUGUGUAAUGGACUUUCAAGUCUCUCCCUGACAUUUAUUAAAGUCACUACAUUACUUUAA